CCAGUGUGUUGUUUUCGAUUUUCCGAUUGCCGACCGAUAUACUUGCUUUGACCGAAAACCCCAACAGGCAAAAUGCCAUCAGCAUCCACCUACUCGGUCCCCCAGGAAUCGAAGCAGGUCUUCGAGACUGGCAUCCUGAACAAUCCACUUUUCAGCCAUCUUCCCCCAGAGCUGCCGAAGCUAGGUGGAUAUGUGCAGUUCGAGGGCACCGCACAGCCCAGCAUCCCCAUCAAUUGGAGAUUUGCAGAGAGUAUCUCCGCGCUGAAGGCGUUCGAAGCGACCAUGGUCAAUUACUUGGUGACACGAAAGUAUCGGGUUGACCCGGUCAGAGUCACCAUCGACACAGACCAUGCGUCGCUGUAUUUUAUGAGUCCGUUACUUGCACAGAUAGUUGAUUCCGACGGCAAGCCAAAACCAAUCAACCUUUUCGGCCCCAGCGUGGCCCAGCUGUUUCCCGAGCAGGACAAACAUCGCGCGACCGAUGGCGAUCAUCGGCGUCUCGCAACCAAUAUCUACAAGACCAAGGAUGGUCGAUUCUACCAUGUGCAUGGCAGCAUGAACCCCGAGCCAACCCUGACAGCGCUGGGCCUCUCCCUCGAGGGACCCGCAGAAGAUACUUACAAGUCAGCCGUCGAGCGCAUCCAAGGAGCAGUCUCCCGGCACGACUCCGCCACGCUGGACCACCUAAUGAACGAACAGUUCCGUCAGGCCGGCACGGUCGCAUGGACCUCGGACGAGUAUUUCGCCUCGGAGCAUGGUCGCCAGAACAGCCACGUAGGGUUAUAUGAGAUCGAGAAGGAUGUGAACGCCACCCAGCCCCCGUCCUGGUGGCCUGAGCAGCCCAGCCUGCCCUCAUCACUCAAGCGACCGCUCGCCGGCCUCAAGGUUGUAGAUCUGACUCGAGUGAUUGCCGCCCCUUCCAUCACCCGGGGGUUGGCCGAGCUUGGCGCGAGCGUCAUGCGGGUCACCUCGCCUCAUAUCACCGAUAUGUCUGUGCUGCACCCCGACCUCAAUUGGGGGAAAUGGAACUGCUCGCUCCACCUGAAGGAGGAAGCCGACCGGGAGCGACUGCGGCAGUUGAUCCGCGAGGCGGACGUCGUCGUGGACGGGUAUCGGCCCGGCGUGAUGGAUCGUCUGGGGUUCAGUCGGCGGGACGCUUUCGAUCUGGUGAAAGAUCGAUCGUAUGGGAUCCUACAUGUGCGCGAGAACUGUUAUGGGUGGCAUGGGCCUUGGAGCCACCGGAGUGGGUGGCAGCAGAUUAGUGAUGCGUGUUGUGGUGUAUCGAUGAGCUUUGGGCAGGCGAUGGGCUUGGAUGAACCUGUAACUCCAGUCUUCCCUAACUCGGAUUAUUGUACUGGCGUUGCGGGAGUGGCCGCCAUCCUUGAAGCACUGGUGAGAAGAGCAGACCACGGAGGCAGCUAUGGUAUUGAUGUCUCUCUCAACUACUACUCGCAAUGGCUGGUCCGCUCGUGCGGCACCUACGACCAGGAGGUCUGGUCCGAGCUGUGGACACGCCACGACUCGCCCGUCUUCCGCCACUACCACGCCAUGCCUUACCUACUGCCGGAGAUGAUGAAGCUGCUGCAUCAGCACAACGCACAGACACUGUUUCGCCCGGAGUUCUUUGAGACUCGUCACUCAGGUGCCAUUGACGCGAAUUUCAGGGUAGUAAAGCCCGUUGCGCAGUUCGAGGGGGCGGCCGUGGCGCUUGGGUAUAAUGUGGGGACGCGGGGUAACGGAGUGGAUUCACCGGGUUGGCCGGCCGAUUUGAGGACGGAAGUAGUGCGGUGAGGGGUAGCCAUGAAUGCGGCUGCAUACUGCAUAGGUAAACACAACAAAGUCCCAGGUUGCAUGGUUGAAGAAUGUCCUGAAGGCUCUUUGUUCAAGUCAAGUGGGGUGGUUGUCUUGUGACACCUGUUGACAGGGGUCGGGGCGUGGUGAGAGCGGGGGAUGCCCAAGGCUUCCCGCUGAGUCAACACUCCAUGCCUCCAACACAAGUCGGUUGUUGUAAAACCAUGAGUCUGUGGUAAGAGCUUCACGUGAAGAAAUGUCUAUUUUGAACCAUCGUGCAAUCAUCGAGAGACUCACUCAUCUUGAGAACCAUGUAAGUUAGCACAUGUGUAAGUUCUAAGCAAGGGGAUGGUGCGACAGCCGGCUCCAUCCACGUGCGGUCGGA